CCGGAAAAAGAACUCCACCUGCGGCAUGCUAUGGAUUGACGCGAGGCCGUUCGAAGUUCUGUAGGUUACUUGCGUAGGGUAUACCUGCUAGCACUACAAGUGGUGACCGCACCUGUACGCCCUUCUUUUCUGGAAAGGGCAACCACACCACUGAUCGACAUGGCGACUGCAGCCUGGGCAAUCGUCCUGUUCCUCCUCGCUCACGUCGCUCAAGCAUCCCGGCUGAUCAGCAGCAGCUUCCAUGCCUAUUCCAAUCCAUGGAAAAGCUCUCGAAUACCGUUGCCCAAAUGCAAGGCCUUGGAGGCGUCGGGAAACCUGAACUGGACCCAGUUUGCCGGAAAGGAAUGGAUGGAAAUGAUGCACUACCCGGAACGCACUGACGGAUGCAUCUCGUGGACAUUUUUUCCGGCAAACAGGACUGUGGUCAGGCGCUCGAGGAGCGACAUCUACUCUAAGAACUUCAGUGACGUCAGUAGUAAGUUUGAACCCGACGAGAUCCAAAAGGGGCCAGCACACAGAGGAGAGCAAUUUCAGCAGAUCUUGUACACCGACAACCACUCUUGGGCCCUGCUGCACGAGUGUCAACCAUUAGGUUCUGGAUCGCGGUUUUCCAUUCUUGCUCCCAAGGCGACCAGUCCCGUUUCCGCACGGAUGGCCGAGAAGGCUGACAGGUACAUGGAAAUGUCGGCACACGGAAAAAGACCGCGGUGGGUGAGCUCGCCGUGUCAACCGCGCCGGAAGAGCACAGACACCAGCGGUGCCGAUGCUUCCAGUCUCCUCUUAGUAACCGAGGAGAUACCGUGAACAGACGCAAAUAAAUACAUUCCGCGAGCUU